AUGUGGCUUGAUGUCCAUUAUAAAGAUCAGGGCUUUGAUGUAUUCAUUGAGGAUACUGACAGAACUAGUCUAAUGGACUUAUAUGAGUACAUGUUUGAGGAUUAUGUGAAGCAAAAUGUGAUCCUCCCUAAAUAUGAAGGUAGGGAAACAAUAGAAGUGUUCUUAGAGGAAAAGGAUAGUCCUAGCUUGGUGUUUAAGGAUGCUGAAGCAAGUUGGCAAAAAAGAGUUAAGGCAUUGGCUGAGAAGGCUAGAUUAGAUCAGGAAAAGGCCCAGAGGAUGGCUGAAGAAGAGGAAGCUGCCAGGGAGCUUAGGGAACAACAACAUUUUACUGUUGUAGUUGAGGUUCCUGUUGGUAAUUCUGAUGACUCAAAUGUUGAGUAUUUUAGAGUGUUUGACAUUGAAGUAGCUGAUGAGAGGUCUGAUGAGUCUAGCAGUGAUAGUGAUAGUGAAGAUGAUGAUUACAUACUAUCUGGCAGUGAAGAAGAUGAUGAUGAGGCAGAUAUUGCUGACUUCAUUGAGGAUGAGACAAAAAUAGAUUGCCUUCAUGAUGACAUUCCUGACAAGCAAUUUGAGGAUUACCUUGAUGGCAGUUCAACCAUGGAUAAGACCUAUAAGAAUGGUAAAAUUUGGAGCUCUCAAAAGUUUGGAUCCAUUAGAUUAGAGCCAUGGUUGAUAUUUGGAGACAGAAAAUCAUUUCUUGAUGUGUUCAAGGACUAUUGUGUACAGGAAGGGUUUGGUGUUUAUGUUGAAAAGAGUGACAAAACAAGAUUGAUAGCAAGGUGUGCUAUAAAGAAUUGCAACUGGAGGAUUUAUGCCUCCACAAUGAUGGACAAGGUUAGGUGGGCAAUCAAAAGUUUGACAGGGGAGCACAAAAGUUGUGGGAGGUUGGAAAGAAACCCAAUAGUUAGUUCUGAGUGGCUGUGUAGGCAUCUGCAGUCAAACAUUGAAGCCAAUCCUGACAUUCCAGUUGAGUCUUUACAUAGAAUCUGUAUGGAAAGGUUUAGGCUUGAAGUCAAGAAAAGGCUGUUGUACAAGGUCAGGGCAAUGUCCAAGGAGAUCAUCCAUGGACAUUUUGGAGAGGCAUACUCACUGUUGCCUAGGGGAUUCUUGAGAGGCUGCAGACCUUUCAUUGGCAUUGAUGGGGCCCAUCUAAGUGGACAUUUCAAGGGAAUAUUGUUAACUGCAGUUGGGAUUGAUGGGAACAAUGCCUAUAGAGUGGUUGGUUCUGAGAGUGUUGACAGUUUGGGGUAUUUUCUAAGGAAUUUGAAAAUACUUUUUGAGAAGGAAGGGUGCAAGAGAGAUGAUUGGACCUUCAUCUCCGAUAGAAUGAAGGGUGUUGACACAACAAUUUAUGAAGCAUUCCCCAGAGCAACUAGAAGAGUGUGUUGCCAACACCUGUACAUGAACUGCAAGGCCAAUGGUUUUAGUGGUUCAGCCUUUCAUAAGCUAUUCUGGAUAGCAGCUGAUGCAUACAAUGAGUAUGUAUUCAAUAAAGCAAUGCAAAAGAUUCAAGAGUACAAUCUUAAGGCUGUUGAAUACUUAGAGAGCUGCACUGAGAUCUGGUCAAGACAUAAGUUUGAUCCUGCACUUUGUUAUGACCAUAACACAACAAAUUUUUUGGAGUCUUUCAACUCAUGCACCAAGCCCUACAGAGAUCUACCUGUUGUGAAAAUACUUGAAGGUAUAAGGCAAUGGGGCAUGAAGAGGAUUGCCUCAAGGUUUGACAAAGCUGCAAGCAUGGGGGAUAUGGAGCUGACUGAAUAUGCAGCUAAGAUUCUGCAAACAAGAUCAAAUGAGUCUAGGUUGUGCUAUGAAACCCCCUGUGGUGGUGAUGAGUUUGAGUUUUGGUUGUGGGAAGUGGCAACAUUCUGGACUCCCAUGCAAACAUGCACUAAGGGUUACUACCAGAGGCUGCAACCUACAAAAUUUUUAGCCCCUUGUUUCAAAGGGAAGGCAUACAAGCUCACUUAUUUUGAGCAUAUGCACCCAAUGCCUGACCCAUCUCAAUGGCCAUUACUGAAACUGCCUAACAUACUACCACCAUCGGUGAAAAUAGCUGCAGGGCGACCAAAAAAGCAAAGGAGAAGAGGGCCAAAUGAAGCAAGGAAAGGGAAGAGGCAUUCAACAGUUAAGUGCAGCUUAUGCAAAGAGUUGGGGCAUAACAUGCUGACUUGUGCAUCAAGGAAAAAAAGCGAUGUAACUGAAGAAAGCACAUCAACCACCUCCUCUCAAGCCAAGAAGAAAAGAAAGAGAGCAGCAUGA